CUGGGAGGGAGCAUGCGCACCUGGUGAAGCAAGGAUGGACUCUGUGAUCCCUAGAGGGGAGGGACUCUCGGGGAGGGCUGUGUGGGCGGAGGUGGCUGCAGGCGGGGACAGGCGAGCGCUGCGUCUCCACGCACAACCAGACGGAGCCGCCACUGCGGAGCUCCAGCCCAGCUCCCUGAGCAUCCUCCCAGCGCCCCUAGGUAUCAAACGCUGCGCCAUGGCUAAGGCCACCGACUCCUGGUCCGACCUCGCCCUGGUCUUCUGGUUCGCCUGCCUCCUGCCCUUGGGUCCGGCGAGGGUGGCCGCAGGUCUCUAUAACCUUAGUCUUACUACUGAUGGUCCUGCUACCGUGGGCACCGAAGUGACCAUCUCAGCCAGCCUGGAGGUCAAGGACAACGGCAACCUGAGCCUGCCAGCAGACACCCACCUCUACCGUUUCCACUGGAUCCACACACCUCUGACCCUCACUGCCAAGACCGAGAAGAAUCUAACCUCGACCAUCCGAGUGGUGGGCAGCGUGCCUGGGGACUUUCCAGUCUCCGUCUGGGUCACUGCUGUCGACUGCUGGCUGUGCCAGCCAUUAGCCAGGAGUACUCUACUCCUCCCCAUUAAAGAGUCCCUUGUGGGAAACAUAGUUGUUACUCAGAACACCUCCCUGUCUUGGCCGAACUCCUACAUCACCAAGAGAAGUCUUAGACUGUCCUUUCUUCUCCAUGACCCGAGCGACUUCUUCAAGUCCGCUUCCUUCUUCUACCGAUGGGACUUUGGAGACGGGACCUUGUUGAUAACUGACAACUCUGUGGUAUAUUACAACUAUUCGAGCCCUGGAACCUUCACGGUGAAAGUCAGGGUGGUCGCAGAAUGGGAGCAGAUAAAGCCAGACACCACAAAGGGCAUCAUACAGAAGACCGGUGACUUCUCAGCAUCAUUGGAUCUGCGAGAGUCACUUCAAGGCAUCCAGAUUUUGGGGCCCACCCUCCUACAGACAUUCCAAAAGCUGACAAUGAAUCUGAACUUCUUCGGGAGCCCACCGCUGCAUGUGUGCUGGGGCCUCAAGCCGCAGUGUCUCCCACUGGAGGACAGAGAGUGCCACGCUGUGCUGGUGACCCGGACAUCUUUUAACCUGACCCACGUCUUCCAGGACCCUGGGGACUACUGCUUCAUCUUCCGUGCUGAGAAUGCUAUCAGCAAGGCUCACCAGUACCACAGGAUUCAGGUGUGGCCUUCCAGCUUCCAGCCGUUUGUCUUUGCUUUCCCGUGUGCCACGCUAAUCACCGUGCUUCUGGUUUUCCUCAUGUACAUGACUGUACGGAGCGCUGCUACCCAGAAGGACAUAGUGGAGAGCCCAGGGGCCACUGGACUCAAGUGUUGCUGCCAAGUGUGCUGUGGCUCCCUCUUUCUGGACUCACCAUCCGAGUACCUGGAAAUCGUCCGAGAGAACCACGGGCUGCUUCCACCCCUCUACAAACCUGUAAAAACUUACAAUGUGUGAACUCCCACCCCAUACCUCUCAGUAUUCACCGAUCACCCGUCAGGCGCUUCGGGCAGGGUGGCCUAUGCUACUGAGCAGGAGGGGUUUACACAGGCGUGACCAUUUGCUCAGACUGGUCACUGAUUUGUACAGUCCAGCUGACAUCAUCCGUCCUUUGUGUCACCUCCCCACUGUCAUCUAUUCAUCCAUACAGUCUAGUCAGUGCUGUAAGCUGUUCCCAGUCACCCCUCCCCCGCCCCCUCUACCAAGCAGGAUUCUGAUCUUUGGUGUGUUGUGUUAAAAUUCUCCCAAGUGGGUCUGGCUGCCCCUUGAGGCCCCUGGCAAUGCAGCUCUGCCCCAGCCAGAAGGAAGGAGGAAGGAGGUCUCAGAUGGUGAAGGAUGGAUAGUGAAAGAUAACAUGCUCAGAUGGGCAUGCUCACAGCAAGGAAGGGCACACGUGGGUGUGAUGGAGCCCCUCAGAUGAUUUGCUGUAUAUCUGGAAGGCUUGUUGCUGGGAUGGAUUUGAACUGGGCCUCAAAGGUGGUGCCCAAGACCAGCCUCACCUUCUGUCCUUUGUAUCUCUACAGUUCCAUGACCAGGCCAUUAUGUUGCCCCGGCCUGUUUGCUGGAAGCUGGGUGGGGCAUGGGGACAGAAUGAACACCCUAUGAGUAUAGAAUGCUUUGUAAGUGGACCCUCUUUCAUUGAAACCUGUAAGACCAAUGUCCACCGAGGAAAAGGUAAUUGGAGCAAACAGAGGAAAGGUUGAGCUAGUGAGGGUUUGGGAUAGCAGCCUUGUACUACUGAGUCUUGAUGUCUGCGUUCUCUCUCUCUCUCUCUCUCUCUCUCUCUCUCUCUCUCUCUCUCUCUGUGUGUGUGUGUAGUGUAGUGUAGUGUAGUGUGACACCUUACCCACUCAGUUACUUCCAAGAUAGCAAAAGAAAAUAGCAGGAGGCAGAGGGGUGAUAAGGAGAAGCCUGGCAUGGUGGUGCACACCUUUAAUCCCAGCAUCCGGGAGGCAAAGGCAGGUAGAUAUCAGAUCAGAGUUCAAGGUCAGCCUGGUCUACAUAGUGAGUUCUAGGAUAUCCAGAGUCACACAUAGGGAGUUCCUGUUUCAGAAUAAGGAAGGAAGGAAGGGAGGGAGGAAGGAAGGGAGGGAGGGAGGAAGGAAGGGAGGGAGGGAGAAAGGAAGGAAGGAAGGAAGGAAGGAAGGAAGGAAGGAAGGAAGGAAGGAAGAAAGGAAGGAAACAUGGCACAUAGGUGCAGAUGUAAGCUUCCAGGUUUACCCGGGUACCCAGCAUGCCAGGGCGGCCCCCACCUGCUGGAUUAAGGAUGAUUGAGUCUGGGAAGGUAGAUCUCUUGUCACUCUAACUGUUGGCCCUUGGAUAUCCUGCUGAAAUAGUAUUGUCUCUUGUACCGUUCAUUCCCAUGACAUACUGCCAUUGUUCCUGAAUAAAAGCUCCACCAAGCACA